AAUAACAAUGUUAUUUCUAAGAAGCCUCCCUUAAGAAUUACACAAAGUAAUCAGUUGUUGCAUUUGACGAAAUAUAAAUUUGAAAGCAGUGAUGAUACCCGUGAACAAGCGACCAACCGCGUAACUUGAUCGUAUUCCUUGGCCAAUAAAAGAUAACUCAUUGUCUCGUUCAUAUCUGAAAAAGCUUCAACCAUCAAAUUUUUAAUUGUAAGACAACCAACAUGGUUGUGUUUUCAUCAAGGCUACUUUUUUCCUUUCUUUGUAAUAUUCUUCUCAUAACAAUUUCUAUAUCUCAAGUUAGCGCCGCUAACACUACACAAGACUACCAAUACUUCUGUGAUUUUACCAACAGAGGAAACUACACAGCCAACAGCACAUACCACACGAACCUCAACACCCUUUUGUCCACUCUCAUUUCCAAUACAGAAAUCGACUAUGGUUUCUACAAUUUCACAAACGGCGAAAACACUGACAAAGUGUACGCCAUUGGGCUGUGCAGAGGAGAUGUUAAGCCAGAAGAAUGCCGCAGUUGUCUCAACGGUUCCAGGGCCAAUCUCACACAGCUUUGUCCAAACAGAAAGGAAGCAAUUGGGUGGUACGAGAAUGAGAAAUGCAUGUUGCGCUACUCAGAUCGCUCAAUAUUUUCCCUCAUGGAAACUGGACCUGCGUAUUAUGCUCACAACACGAUAAAUGCAACGGACUUGGAUCAGUUCAAUCGAAGUCUCAGCUCGUUGCUGCGUGACUUGAAAAGCCAAGCUGCAUCAGGUGACUCUCGUCUUAAGUAUGGCGUAGGAAAUAUAUCUAUUCCUGAUGACAAGGUCAUAUAUGGUCUUGUUCAGUGCACACCGGACUUGUCAGGCUCAGAUUGCGAUGAUUGCUUGGCUCAGUCCAUUGAACGUAUCCCAAUAGAUUGUUGUAAAGAUAGCAAAGGUGGUAGGGUUGUUAGACCCAGUUGUAGCAUGAGGUUUGAAACCUCGUACCAUUUUUAUGGACCUACAGCAUAUACACCGCCACCCUCCACCAGCACCACCUCAGAAGGAAGCAACACAAUUACCAUUGCCAUAGCAGUUGCAGUACCAGUUUUCGUAGUUGUUGCGGUGCUCAUUUUUAUCUGCAUCUAUUUUAGAGCAAGGAAGCCAGGGAAGAAGUAUAAAACUCAACAACAAGAAGAACAUGAUGAUGAUGAAAUUGACAUUUCUGAGUCAUUGCAAUUCAGCUUUAACACCAUACGAGAAGCUACUGAUAACUUUUCUGAUUCUAAUAAACUCGGACAAGGUGGAUUUGGGGCUGUUUACAAGGGUAGGCUCUCCAACGGACAAGAGAUUGCUGUCAAAAGGCUAUCAGCGGAUUCUAGACAAGGAGAUACAGAAUUCAAGAAUGAAGUGCUUUUAGUGGCCAAGCUUCAGCACCGGAAUUUAGUUAGGCUACUUGGUUUCUGUUUGGAAGGAAGGGAAAAACUACUUGUCUAUGAAUUUGUUCCAAAUAAAAGCCUUGAUUACUUCGUAUUCAAUCAGACUAAUAGAGCACAAUUAAAUUGGGAAACACGCUACAAGAUUAUUGGAGGUACUGCUCGAGGCAUUCUCUACCUCCAUCAGGAUUCUCGAUUGCGCAUUAUUCAUCGUGAUCUCAAAGCAAGUAACAUUCUUUUAGACGAAGAAAUGAAUCCUAAAAUAUCAGAUUUUGGUUUAGCAAAAUUAUUUGUUGUGGAUCAAACUCAUGGAGAUACAAAUAGAAUUGUUGGAACCUAUGGAUACAUGGCACCUGAAUAUGCAAUGCAUGGACAGUUUUCAGAAAAGUCUGAUGUUUUUAGUUUUGGUGUAUUGGUUCUUGAGAUUGUUAGUGGCCAGAGAAAUAGUGGCAUUAGUCAUGGAGAGAAUAUAGAGGAUCUACUAAGUUUUGCAUGGCGAAACUGGAGGGAAGGCACUCCUAGAAAUAUUGUAGAUCCCACAUUAAACAACAGUUUUCAAAAUGAAAUAAUGAGAUGCAUUCACAUUGGACUACUCUGCGUUCAAGAAAAUGUGUCUGCCAGACCCACUAUGGCUUCCGUUGUACUCGUGCUUAAUAGUCAUUCUCUCACUCUCCCAGUACCAUUAGCACCUGCAUUUUAUGUGGAUAGUAGAACUGGAAACCUUCCAGACAUGCACUUAUGGGAGUUUAAUUCGAGAACCACAGGAUCAAGCGAAUACACAUCGAUUAACGAGGCUUCAAUUACUGAGCCAUAUCCUCGUUAGACUUUCAUCAUAAUGAUAAUAGUCAGAAAUAUAGUCAAUUCGGAAUAAUCAGAUUCAAUUCUUCAACUAAAGUGCAGUCACUGCAGUGUAUGUGAACUCUUAUAAGUUGUUCUUUGGUAGACAGACCAACUAUCCCUUUGUUUAAGUGCAUGUCUGGAUUCACGUUUUAACCGAUUUGACGCAGAAGUAAAAAAUCAUAGCAUCUUAUUUUCCAUCGUUUACGUGAGUUAAGCCCGGGAAACGUGAAACCAAACACACUGUAAAGUGAGAUAAAAACGUGUAAUGUGAAACUCUGAUUUAAUUAUGCGUUAUAAAAUGUGUGUUAUGGAGAUUCUGCUAGUAGAACA